AGUAAACCUCUCUCUCUCUCUCUCUCUCUCUCUCUCUCAAUUCUUCUGACCCUUUCCAUUUCCUUCUCUCUCUCUUUUUUCUUUUAAGGUUUUUUGAUCACAAGGAAGUUGUGUCUCUAGUUAUUACAGCAAGAAAUCAUGGGCGAUUCUUCUGCUCAGUACAUCCAUACGGUACAACAUCUUAUUGAAGAGUGCAUAAUAUUUGAUAUGAGCAAAGAAGAAUGCAUGGAAGCUCUCUCCAAACAUGCAAAUAUCAAACCGGUCAUCACUUCUACAGUGUGGAAGGAGUUAGAGAAAGAGAACAAAGGCUUCUUUGAUGCCUACACAAAGAGGAGAGAGGAGAGAGAAUCCGAAAUGGAGACAAGGCAAAGAAUCCACAAGAUGCAAUUGGAAUCUUCAACACAGGAUACCAACAAAUGAAGCAAACGACGUCGGAUUAUUGGCGCUGUCUUUGAAUUAUAUUCUGCAUAUCGUCCUUGUUUCUCAUGUACUGUAAUAAAACCCGAACUCUUUAUGUACUAAACCAACCCAAGUUUUUUUUGCUUGGGAUACUGUGCCUUGAUGACUAAUAUGCAUCGUUUCUUGACACGUGUCGAGAGCCCACAUA